AUGUAUCAGCUCGAUCGAUAUCAACAUCCAAUUAAUUUAGACGGUCAAUGUUUAUCAUUAUCUCUAUUUCCCAAUAAAAAAGAUCUUAUUGAAAAAAUUGUUACAAUCACAUUAUCAGACAAAAACAAAGAACAAAUUCAAGUAGCCGAUAAAAAUAUUAUUAGCAAACAUACACAACAUGUCUUUGCAAGAAGAAAAGAAGAAAUAUUUGUGAAAAUCACUAAUGUUUAUCGUGGUUGCAAAGCAACAGUUACAGUUAUUAAUAAUCCUAUAUUGAAUACUGAUUCGAAUGUUCUAUUUUUUCUUCAUGAUACAAAAAGUACACCAUAUAUUGUACAUUCGAAAUACAUAACAAAAGUAAUUAAUGACAAUAUAACAAUGGAUUGCGAUUUAAUAUCUUAUUUUACACAAACAAAGUAUUCUGAUGAAGACAAUAAGUAUGAAGAUGAUGACAUAAAUUGGAUUGAUCAAUUACUAUUAAAUCGAAUUAAUAAAAAUCCGACAGAACAUGAUUUAAAGGUAUUGAAGAAUUUAUUAAAUCGAAAUGUUCUAGGUCAAGAUUUAUACAAUAAAUAUAUCAAUCAUUAUAUUCCAUUGAAUAAUAUUUAUCAAACAAUUAUUGGUAUACUGAGUGCACGAGAAUGUAUGAAAUAUGAGACAAAUCCAUAUUAUCCACAAUUUGAUCAAUUUGAUGAUUGUAUUUCGAAAUGUUACUCAUCGUAUGGUUAUACUAAUCAUAAUACAGAUAGUAGAUAUGUGAAAUUUGGUGAUAUAAUUCACAUUAAUUUAGAAAAUAUCCAUUAUUUACCAUUAGAUAUGAAUAAUAUGAAUGAUUUUCAAAACUACACAUACAAAUUUACGAAAAUUUCAAAACCAAUGUCAUGGUCAGGAGCCUUAUUUGAAGAUGGUGAUGCUAUUCUUUCUUCAUUACAAGUGGGUAAUAUGGUGAGAUGUUGUUUUGAAAAGAUACCAAUCAAUGGUAAUCAAACUGACUGUGGUGGUGGUGCAUGGUAUUUUGAUAUUAUACAAAUUAUUGAUAACACUGUAUAUGGAAUAUUGAAAGAUCUGUAUUACGAUCCAAAAGAUUACAACUUAAAUGUAGGGGAUAUACUGAAUAAUAAUAAUAAUAAUGUUAGUUUUGAUACAGAUACUCUUGAAAAAAUUACUCUUCAAUCAUAUCAAGUGGCGCAAGAAAUGACAUUUUCUGUAGGAAUGGGUCGUAACUUAAUUAAGAAUAAUCUUUUUAACCUAGCAGAAUCAUCACAGUUAAUCAAGCAGUUGUUUAAAUCAAAUAGCUUAUCUGAAUUAGAAAGGCUCAUUGUUGAUGAAUCCAGCGAGGACGAAACCGAUGAAGAUAAAAAAUUAGAUGAUGUCGUAUAUGAUAAUGAUUUAUUGGAAGACGAUGGUAAUUCAACAUCUACCUUUGAAAAUUUACAACUUACAUCUUACUCAGGUAUAUAUCAGACACUUGGAUUUUAA